CUCACACACACAGUCGUCCUCGUCCUUCUCCUCUCACCUCUCUCUCCCUCCGCCGCUCCAAAUCCCCAAAUUGACAGAGCAUUUAUCCAAUUUCUUAUCUCAGGAAGAAUCACCGCCUCACCGGUGACCAACCAACACACAACCGAUUACCGACCAUGAGAUCCACCGUGGAGACUCGCGGCAGCGACAGUGGAUUCCUUGGGAGCAUAUCGGCCUCUUCCAUCAGAAAUUUGCUUCCGAGAUCCAUCUCUUCCAAGAAGAGACACAGGUCCAAGUUCUUCCGCAGCGAGAACGAUCCUCCCCUACACCCCAACAUUCAAAUCAGCGACCCCCCGCUCUCUCCUUCACUUCCAAAACCCUUGAGUUCCGCCAAAUCGCUCCAAUCCGAUGUUCAGCCUGCGAUUCCCUCCUCGCCGGACCAUCCGACUGUCCAGAAGGUGGAGGCUGCGGAAUCAGUGGAGAAGAGCGAAUUAUCGGAAGCUUCUGAUCCGUCCGUGAAGGUUGUAGUGAGAAUUAGGGCUUUGAAUGACCAGAGAAGGGAGCGCAGUCGAACAGUGAGGAAGGAUUCUUCGGAUUCACUCUCGAUUGGUGAUAGAAACUUCACUUUCGAUUCUGUUUUAGACUCCAAUUCGACCCAGGAAGAUGUGUUCCGGGAAGUUGGAAUUCCGUUGGUUCAGAGUGCAUUGGCUGGGUACAAUGCUUCUAUCUUGUCUUAUGGACAGACUGGAAGUGGGAAGACCUACACAAUGUGGGGUCCUCCAAGCGCCAUGGUUGCGGAUCCUUCACCCAGCAGUCACCAGGGGAUUGUUCCUCGGAUUUUCCAAAUGUUGUUUGAUGAGAUUCAGAAAGAUCAAGAUAGCUCUGAAGGAAAGCAGAUUAAUUACCAAUGCAGGUGUUCUUUCCUUGAGAUAUAUAAUGACCAAAUUGGGGAUUUGCUUGAUCCAGUUCAGCGGAACCUUGAGAUAAUGGAUGAUCCAAAAAAUGGAUUGUUUGUGGAGAAUUUGACUGAGGAGUACGUGACUAGCUAUGAGGAUUUGGCUCAAAUGUUAAUCAAGGGGCUUUCAAGUAGAAAAGUUGGAGCAACAAGCAUAAACUCUAAGAGCUCUAGAUCUCAUAUUGUGUUUACUUUCAUAAUAGAAUCCUGGUGCAAGGGUACGUCGUCAACAUGUUUCAGUAGUUCAAAGAUUAGCAGGAUUAGCUUUGUAGAUCUUGCCGGGAUCGACAGGAAUAAACCUGAUGAUGCUGGGAGGCAGCUAGUCAGGGAAAGCAAACAUGUGAAGAAGUCCCUCUCUCAGCUGGGGCAAAUUGUGAGCAGUCUCGCAAAAGAAGAUCAACCUGGAAGGUUCAGAGAUGUUCUCUAUGAAGAGUCCUGUUUAACACAUUUGCUUCGGGAGUCGCUUGGUGGAAAUACCAAGCUUACAGUUAUCUGCAACAUCUCUCCUGAUAACAGGAAUGACAAUGAGACCUUAAGGACACUUCGAUUUGGACAGCGAAUCAGAUUGAUCCAAAAUCGACCAGUUAUAAACGAGAUAUCGGAGGAUGAUGUAAAUGAUUUGAGUGAUCAGAUACGCCAACUCAAGGAGGAGCUCAUCAGGGCAAAAUAUGACACAUGUAAAUCAGCUGGAAGUAAAAGUGGUUAUUUCAGAGGGCGGAAUGUGCGUGACAGCUUGAAUAGCUUAAGAGUUAGCCUGAACCGCUCUUUAAUGUUGCCCAAGAUUGAUGCUAAUUCCGACAAUGAUGAGGAUAACAUUGUCGACGUGGAUGAUGUAAUGGAACUGCAUAACCAUCUCAAGAAUCUCCGGAUUUCAGGCGAGGAGAACUUAACAGAUAUAUCCGACAACAGGGAUUCAGUGCAUUUCACAUCAGUAGACCAAAGUUUUGAAACUGAUGCCAUGACUGAAGAUGGUGAUGAAGUCAAUGGUCCAGAUAGAGCUGAAAAUGAAGAAAUUGGUUCAGUGAAGAACAAGAAAGGCAUAGAUGAACUUUCAAGCAGCCUUAUCGUAGAUCCUGCUUCUAUCAGGAGUAGCAUAUCUAUAAGCUUGUGCCGGCAGUCUCAAGUUCUCCAAGAACCACUGCUGUCUGAAUCUCCUAAAAUUGGAAAUACCAGGAAGAGCACGGCCAUCUCACCAUCAGCAUUUUCCUCGAGUCAGAAUAAUGUUUCAGAGAGCUCAAACUUCCCCUCAAUUGGAGCAAGUCAGUCGUUUAGGAGAAGUGAGCAGAUUAGAUCGUCACUGCGUUCAAGCAAGGUAUUGGGAGGCCCCACUGACUCCCUGGCUGCUAGCCUUCAGAGGGGCUUGCAGAUAAUUGACCAUCACCAACGAGCCUCGCCGCUGUCCAACAGAUCCACGGCAUCUUUCUCUUUCGAACACUUCGCAUUGAAACCAACUGCUUCGGUUCACAAGUCCAUGGAAGGUUCCCUCCCAUCUACUGAAGAAGUAGCUUCUUCAGCCUCUUUACUUUGUUCAUCGUGUGGCGAAAAAGUCGUCGUCGAUGAAACCUCUACUCAGGCUGCGGCAGGUUGUGAAGUAGCCAAUCCUGAUGAACUGAGCAAGCGUUCAAGCGGUGAUGAGCUAGUGAAAGUUAGCACUAGAGAGAAGGAAUUUGAAAUUCUUUGCAAGGAGCAGGCAGCAAAAAUUGACGAGCUAAAUAAGAUGGUUGAAGAAUACAAAAAAGUUGCAGAACAGCAGCCCAUGCAAAAUGGCUAUAUACUAGCUCUGGAGGCACCAUCCAAGUGUUUGAGACCUGGUUCUAAGGAGGGAAAUGAUGAAUGUGAAGUGAAAGAAAUGGUUUCAGAUAAUGCACACACAAGUUCCGACACAAGGGAGAAAGAAGAACUUCUGAACGAAAUCGAAACUCUAAAGGCCAAGUUGAAGAUGUAUACCGACGCACCACCUUCAACGAAAUCUACCGACUUGCUCAGAUCAUCUCUGCUCACACGAUCCAUUCAAUUCCGGAAGAGCAUAGACAUGCGUCGCAGCCACUCCAGCUCCUUCAACGACGUCGAAGAACUGGAGAAGGAAAGACAGAGGUGGACAGAAAUGGAGAGCGACUGGAUCUCCCUAACCGACGAGCUGAGGAUUGACCUCGAGUCCAGCCGCCGGCAGGCAGAGAAAGUGGAGACGGAGCUCAGGCUGGAAAAGGCCGUGACCGAAGAAUUGGACGACGCUCUCCACAGGGCCGUGGUUGGACACGCCAGGAUGGUGGAGCACUACGCCGACCUGCAGGACAGGCACAACGACUUGGUGGCCAAGCACCGAGCAAUGAUGGAAGGAAUAGCAGAGGUGAAGAGGGCGGCAGCUAAAGCUGGAACGAAAGGCGGCCGCCGGUUCGCCAAGUCGCUGGCGGCGGAGCUUUCUGCGUUGAGGGUGGAGAGGGAGAGGGAGAGGGAGCUGUUGAGGAAGGAGAACAAGAGCUUGAAGCUCCAGCUUCGGGAUACUGCUGAAGCUGUUCAUACUGCAGGGGAGGUGCUCGUCAGGCUGAGGGAAGCUGAGGAAGCUGCAUCAUUUGCCGAGGACAAAUGUGGGAGCGUUGGGGAAGAGAAUGAGAAGCUGAAGAAGCAGAUGGAGAAGAUGAAGAGGAAGCACAAGAUGGAGAUGGUGACGAUGAAGCAGUAUCUGGCGGAUAGCAGGCUGCCGGAGAGUGCACGGCGGCCGAUGCACGACGGAGAAGAUUCGGAGUUGCUGCCGGAGAGUGGUUUCCCAGAUGAUGAUCAAGCGUGGAGAGCUGAAUUUGGAGCCAUCUAUCAAGAUCACCAUUACUGAUCAGAUUUGAUUGAUUGAUUACUAGUUAAACAGGGAGCUGGUUUGUGUAGAAAUUGUUUGAUUAGAUUAGAGACCCUACUUGGGUCAGUGCUUGUUGGCUGUAGUUAUUUCUGUGUUCAAAGUUCCUUUUUGUUGUGUUGAGAUCCGAAUGUUGUUUGAUUAAACCCUUAAUAAGAGUGAUCUACUGACCGGAACGAUUAAAUUUAAACGAUGUGA